AUGAGAAAUGAUGAUGAUUUAAAUUCCUUAAAUCAGUAUUAUCUAAAUGAAUUAAAAAAUAUUAGAAAUCAAAUUACUCAAUACUUCAGAGUUAUUGUUAAAAAGUAUAUUAGUAGCAAGGCUGAAGAAAUGGAAGGAUUUCAUAAUGCAAAACCAUUACCAGUUCCUCCCAAACCAUCAGGAUUAAGUAAAACAGAUCCUCGAAAAAAGCCAUUACCACCAUCACCAGGUAAUAAAAAGAAUAUUGUUCCAAUUAAAAUUAAUGAUGUUAUUGAUCAGUUAGAAAGAAAUGUCAAUUUCUAUAUUAUCAAAUAUUUUAAUAAUCAAUAUAAAGAAGAAAUUAUGAAAGAUGAAGAAAACGUUCUCAAUUCAAUAGAAAGAGACUUUUCUGCAAAUUUAACAGAAGAAAAUUAUAAAACAAAAAUUAGUUCAGAUAUUUCAUUUAUUAGAGAGGAAGUAGUUAAAUUAUUAAUGGAUUAA